CUUCCGGCCGCCAUCUUUGUUUACUUUCUGAAGCAGAAGCAGGUCCUGAACAGUUUUCACUUCUUCUUCACCAACAAAAACGGUCUUUUAUGUUCUAGCUGCGUGGAAACAUACUUUUGGAAUAUGGAAAUACCCUGAAAAACAUUGCUCCUGCGGGAUCUUCAGAGCAGCUCAGGAGCGUGUGACGAAAAAAAAAGCUUGACAGAUUUUCAAACAGUGACGAAAAAAGAGGAGUGGACAGGGUCUCAGGGUGGAGGGUCUGCUUUCUCCUGCUGCCUCUGCCUGCUGCUUGCUGGGAUGGGAAACAGGAAGUGAACGUCACUGACACACUAGGAAUGGGACUGAAAAAAGAAAACACCAUGAUGAUGAGGAGGAGAAUGUCAAAUCCACUCGUUUAGGAAACAGAAAUCAGCGUUUCCACUCAGGAAUAAAGGAUGCAUUGUCGUGCUCGAGCUGGAAUUGAGGCAUCAGGAAGGGCACUGGCGUGUUGCUAAAUGGAGUCGGAGCAGCUGUACCACAGAGGCUACUGCAGGAACAGCUACAACAGCAUCGCCAGCGCCAGCAGCGACGAGGAGCUGCUGGAUGGAGCCGGCGUCAUCAUGGACUUCCACACCACCGAGGAUGACAACCUGCUGGAUGGGGACGCUGCCUCCCCAGGGUCUAACUACGCCAUGUCUAACGGGGGCGGGGCACCCAGCAGCACCACCCACCUGCUGGACUUCCUAGAGGAGCCCAUCCCUGGUGUGGGGACCUACGACGACUUCCACACCAUCGACUGGGUGCGAGAGAAGUGCAAGGACCGAGAGAGGCAUCGUAAGAUUAACAGUAAGAAAAAGGAGUCGGCAUGGGAGUUCACAAAGAGCCUGUACGAUGCCUGGUCUGGAUGGCUGGUGGUGACGCUCACCGGCCUGGCCUCAGGUGCUUUGGCUGGCCUGAUUGACAUUGCUGCUGAUUGGAUGAACGACCUGAAGGAGGGCGUGUGUCUGAGCGCCAUGUGGUUCAACCACGAGCAGUGCUGCUGGACGUCCAACGAGACCACCUUUGCUGAGCGGGACAAGUGUCCUCAGUGGAAGAGCUGGGCUGAGCUCAUACUGGGGCAGGCGGAGGGUCCUGGCUCGUACAUCAUGAACUACUUCAUGUACAUCUACUGGGCUCUGUCCUUCGCCUUCCUGGCCGUCUGUCUGGUCAAGGUGUUCGCUCCGUACGCCUGCGGUUCAGGGAUCCCUGAGAUUAAGACCAUCCUGAGUGGGUUCAUCAUCAGGGGCUACCUGGGAAAGUGGACUCUGAUGAUAAAGACUAUCACUCUGGUCCUGGCCGUGGCGUCGGGCCUCAGUCUGGGAAAGGAGGGCCCACUGGUCCACGUGGCCUGCUGCUGUGGGAACAUCUUCUCUUAUCUGUUCCCCAAGUACAGCAAGAACGAGGCCAAGAAACGAGAGGUUCUCUCUGCAGCCUCAGCGGCAGGAGUUUCUGUUGCUUUCGGCGCCCCGAUUGGAGGAGUUCUGUUCAGCCUUGAAGAGGUGAGCUACUACUUCCCUCUCAAGACGCUGUGGCGCUCCUUCUUCGCCGCCCUUGUAGCAGCCUUCGUCCUGCGUUCCAUAAACCCGUUCGGUAACAGCCGCUUGGUCUUGUUCUAUGUGGAGUACCACACGCCGUGGUACCUGUUCGAGCUCAUCCCAUUCAUCCUGCUGGGAGUGUUUGGAGGUCUCUGGGGCGCCUUCUUUAUCAAAGCCAACAUCGGGUGGUGUAGACGGCGCAAGUCCACGCGCUUUGGAAAGUACCCGGUGUUGGAGGUGAUCUUGGUGGCAGCCAUCACCGCCGUGGUCGCCUUCCCAAACCCGUACACGCGUCAGAACACGAGCGAGCUGAUAAAGGAGCUGUUCACAGACUGCGGCCCGCUGGAGUCCUCUCAGCUCUGUCAGUACCGCAGCCAAAUGAACGGCAGCAAAGCCUUCAGCGACAACCCCAACCGACCAGCCGGGCCCGGAGUCUACGCCGCCAUGUGGCAGCUCUGCCUGGCACUUAUAUUCAAAAUCAUCAUGACUAUAUUCACCUUUGGACUCAAGGUGCCGUCGGGUUUGUUCAUCCCCAGCAUGGCCAUCGGAGCGAUCGCAGGGCGGAUCGUCGGCAUCGCCAUGGAGCAGCUCGCUUAUUAUCACCAUGACUGGUUCCUGUUCAAGGAGUGGUGCGAGGUGGGGGCGGACUGCAUCACCCCGGGGCUCUACGCCAUGGUGGGGGCCGCUGCAUGUUUAGGCGGUGUGACCCGCAUGACCGUCUCCCUCGUCGUCAUCGUCUUCGAGCUGACCGGCGGCCUAGAGUACAUCGUCCCCCUCAUGGCCGCGGUCAUGACCAGCAAAUGGGUCGGCGACGCAUUCGGCCGAGAGGGCAUCUACGAGUCGCACAUCCGCCUCAAUGGCUACCCCUUCCUGGACGCUAAAGAGGAGUUCACGCACACCACGCUGGCUCGAGAGGUGAUGAGGCCCCGACGUAGCGACCCGCCGUUAGCGGUGCUGACGCAGGACGACCUGACGGUGGAGGACCUGCAGGCCGUCAUCAAUGAGACCAGUUUUAACGGGUUCCCUGUGAUAGUGUCCAAGGAGUCUCAGAGACUGGUGGGAUUCGCUCUGCGCAGGGACAUCACCAUCGCUAUAGAAAACGCCCGUCGAAAGCAGGAGGGCAUCAUGUUGAACUCCCGGGUUUACUUCACCCAGCACGCUCCCACCCUGCCGGCCGACAGCCCCCGGCCCCUCAAGCUGCGCUCCAUCCUGGACAUGAGCCCCUUCACCGUCACCGACCACACCCCCAUGGAGAUCGUGGUGGACAUCUUCAGGAAGAUGGGCCUUCGUCAGUGCCUGGUCACUCACAACGGGAUUGUGUUGGGCAUCAUCACAAAGAAGAAUAUUUUAGAGCAUCUGGAGGAGCUCAAGCAGCAAGAGGAGCCCUUGGCGGCUUCUUGGUAUUAUCACAAAAAAAGAUAUCCUCCGUCACAUGGCUCAAAUGGCAAACAAAGACCCCGAGUCCAUCAUGUUCAACUGAUCCGCUCCUUCCAGGACGGCUGGGGGGGAGGGGGAGACGGCGGCGAAGACGAGGAUGAGGAGGAGGUGGUGCGCCUCCUGGACGGCUCCAACCUCUGACACUCGGACCUUUUGUUCUUUCUUUCCUUUAUUUGAGCUUAUUAGACCCUGAACCUCGCCGACUGAGAGACUAACCGGCCACGAGACGGGAAAAGACUUGAUACAAAACUUUAUAUCAAUCCGGCUGCUGAGGACACACAGGGGGUCACACACAUGAGGAAUGCACUUUUUACCUAAACACUCGCAAAAAUCACACACUUUUGCACCUGCAGACUCUAAAGACAUGCAUGCUCUCUCUCCACACACACACACACACACACACACACACACACACACACACACACACACACACACACACACACACACACACACACAACCUGAACCUGUACAGACACACACACACACACCCAUCUUUUGCACUCUUCAUGUGCCUCACCCUUUGUCCGCUUCCCGCAGAGGUCAAGGUAGAAGUCGCCUGGCCGGGGGUCAAAGGUCAGAAUGAACCGCUGAUGAAGGACGCGAUGAGGGACCUUAAACCUCCAGGCUUCAGUUUAAAAAAAAAACAACUCACUGUCGUCCAACCCCUGCACACACACACACACACACACACACACACACACACACACACACACACACACACACACACACACACACACACACCAGCCCCGUCCGUCCUGCAGAGAAAUACAUUGUUUACCUGUGAAUUAGGUGUCGAGUGUGUGUGUGUGUGUGUGUGUGUGUGUGUGUGUGUGUGUGUGUGUGUGUGUGUGUGUGUGUGUGUGUGUGUGUGUGUGUGUGUGUGUCCUUCACAUCACUACAUUCCAGCCAUGUUAUCAUGGCAAGUGAGAGGAAGUGCAUCUCCUACUCUGCAAAAACAUGGCAGCAGCAUAUCAUGAUCGCAUGGCUGUACGUGUGUGUGUGCGUGUGUGUCUGUGUGUGCGUGUGUGUGUGGGAGGUAGAGACAUAGAUGGGUACUGUAUUCAAGAACAAACAUUUUCUGACUCCUCUCAGAGGGAAAAAACGUGGAAAGAGAACGACCUUUUGUGUGUGUGUUUUCAUUUCUGAGCCAGCUUCAGCUGUGUGUGUGUGUGUGUGUGUGUGUGUGUGUGUGUGUGUGCUUGAGUGUGUGCGUGUGUGUCAGUGCUGUCGAUUCAUUCAUACUGAAGGCAGGUCGAGUGUGUACAUAAAACAAGAAGUAAGGAGAAAGUGUCCGAGUUGAGUUCUUCUGUUCGAUCUGUUACUGAGGAGAAAGAUUCCUUUCUUCCUCUCCAUCUUUCUCUGAUUUCUUUAGAUCUUAGAGCUCAGACUUCACUCACUUGGCUCUCUGUGGUGUGAAACCAAAACUAAACUGGAAAUCUUCUCCUUUUUUCCUUUCCUUUGAAAUCUGUUUUCUUUGAAGUUAAAAAGUCUCUUUUUCUUUAAACCCUUACAAACACUGUUCAACACUCCUUCCAUUUCAAAAAAGAGGAACCUAUUACACAACAAAAAACACAUUUCCCUUCAUCAAAAAGCCCCAAGAAACAAAGUGAAAAAAAUACUUCCUCUUUUGAGUGUCGUCCACAUCACACUUUCAUGUUUGCCAACUGAAUUCAAGCAUUUUAUAUAUUUUUGUUUUAAUCUGCAUUGUGUGCCAGAUUAGUGGAAAUUAACGAGUCAUGUGAUUAGUAUUUAGUAAAACAAAGGAAAAACAAAGAAAAAAGAUAAUUAAACAUUAAAACAAACACUAACAGCUACAAAAAAAAUGAAUGACAAUAUUUGUGAAUAUUACAAAAUUAAUACUUUUAAUGUUUUCAUGACUUUUGGUCAGACUUUCCUCUCUAAAAAGCUUGAGUUGUUUGUUAACCAGUCCUAAAUACAAACACAAAAGGUGCAUUUCGACCAAGAGUUCCGGGGUCUUUUAGCCCCCAGAACUAAAAGGUUCCUGUGCCCCCAUUGUUGUCUGCGUUUCGACCGCGAGCUGAAGUGGUAGAUUGUGCAAAUCUGGCCAGUGACGUAUAAUAAAAAAAUGAUAUUAAAUAAUAUUUUGAAAUCAUAAUAAAAAACUAAACUAGUUUGCAUUCCCAGGAACUCCCUCUGUGUUUCAACAGCUGUGUAAACUCCACAAACACCGUUACGUUCAACCGAAAGUCCCAGGACCUUUGAAAAGUACUAACCCCAAGCAGGGGCUUUUCAGGGGGGGAGAUUAACUACCCUUGAACUAAAUUUAGACCCUGGUUCCUCCGGUCGAAACGCACGUAAUUCAGGGGUAAAGUCCCUAGAUCAGGGUAAAGUUCCUGCGGUCGAAAAACGCCUAAAACAAGACAAUCUCCCAACCAGGAUGUUCAGAUGUUACCUGCACCACAUGGACUAUUAAGACAACACCCCCCCUCAUUGGCCAACACUAAGUUUUAGUAAAGUGGACUACUAUCUACUUUGUCUACGGCGGCCAUCUUGUUUGUUUACUUUAACUCCUCAAUGGUGACUGAACCCUCCCCAGUGGCUCGACUUCAACUGAGUCUGAGAAUCAGUCCAAACAGGACAAAGACCAGAUGUUUGUAGAGGAGCGAAUAAUCUGGUUUCCACACUAAAAGCCAAAAGAAGUAAAUUUUGUAUUAAAGAACAUUUGUUUUUCCUAACUAUUGAGCCUUGCCACAUCUGCCAAGUGCCUGGCAAAGUUAUUUUUAGGCUUUUUACAUGAAUAUUUAAUCCUCUAACCUAAAAGAAACUCCCAUCCACUUUCCCUCUUUGUCCCGAGAACAACACGUCGUUAAGGGUGAACAGUGAAGGGAAAUGUUGUGACUGAAAGACGCUGGACAAACAGUAGCACCUUACCUGUAGAGUGACGGCAGUGAUCUAUGUGUGUGUGUGUGUGUGUGUGUGUGUGUGUGUGUGUGUGUGUGUGAGUGUGUGUGUAUGAGGUCGGGUUUAUCCUGUGUACUCGUUUCGUUGCAGUGACUGCUCCUGCAGGGCGUCGUCUGUGUUAACAGUGGUGUUGCCUAACAUUGUGUUUCAUACUGAUCUCGAUGUUUUAUUUUGUUUUUGUUUUUUUUUAUUUAUGGGUAGUGUCGAUAGAGUUGUGCAUUAUUAUGAAGAAAUUUUAUGUAUGAUUACAUGAUUGUUUGAUUGUACAUUUAAAACAAAAUAUGUAAAGAUUAAAUUUUGUUUUAAAUUAAAAGGAAAAAAGGAUUCAAGUUGCACAGA